UACCAGAACCGCUGCGCACUGCAUGCACUGUGCACUGGCAUGGCAUGUAGCGCCAACGAUGCUUGUCGUGGGGGGUGCGUCCAAAUUUCGUCCGUUUUCAUACCUUUUUCAGCGGUUUGCUUCCAAAUACUACUACAGUUUAGGACAUUCACUGAGUCGUCAACUGUUCUGCCUCAGAGAACCAUCCAGUCCCUCCUUGGUUUCCACGGCAACGGUCCCCAUCCGAUCCAACCACUCCGUCACGCUCGACAUCCAGCAACAAGCCAUGAAGGUCAAGAUUCUCUCUGCGUUGGAGGACAAUUACAUGUACCUCGUCAUUGAUGAGAAGACGAAAGAAGCGGCGAUUGUUGACCCGGUCAACCCGCAGAAAGUAGUGGAUGCAGUAAAGGAGGAAAAUGUGAAACUUAAGACGGUGCUGACCACUCACCAUCACUUCGACCAUGCUGGCGGUAAUGAAGAACUAGUCAAGCUGGUCAGUGGACUGACAGUGUGUGGCGGAGAUGACAGGAUAGGAGCUCUCAAUAAAAAGGUCAAACAUGACGACAAGUUGACGAUUGGUUCGCUCAACGUCCGCUGUAUGUUCACACCAUGUCACACAACGGGUCACAUAUGCUACUUCGUCACGGGACCGGAUGGCACGGAUCCAACGGUGUUUACAGGAGACACACUCUUCAUAGCGGCUUGCGGCAAGUUUUUUGAGGGAACAGCAGACCAGAUGUACAAGGCACUCAUUGAGGAACUUGGGCAACUCCCCCCUGAAACGAAAGUUUACUGUGGUCAUGAAUACUCAGUGAGCAGUCUAAGGUACGCACUGACCGUUGAACCUGAGAACGUAGACUUGCAAAAGAAGAUGGAAUGGGCGCAGGCACAGCGAGCCAAGCAAGUACCCACUGUGCCUUCCAGUAUCGGAGAUGAGAAGAAAUACAACCCCUUCAUGAGGGUCAGGGAGCCCACUAUUCAGAAGUACACGGGGACGUCGGACCCAAUUGAGACCAUGGCCAAAUUGCGGGAAGACAAGAACAAUUUCAAACCCAAAAUGUGAAGGAAAAAUUGUAAUUUUGGUGUGGAAUUGGUCACCAAGGACUAAUGGAACAACCUUUUAUGGAAGAUCUAAAAUGCACUGGCAAAGUUUGUGGUUUUAAAAAAUCAUGUUUGGAAAUUUCGAUAAGCAGCUAAACUUUGUGGGGGAAAAAAACAUUUGAUUGCUUGUAUACUAAAGCAGAUUCUGAGCUUUCUUUUGUAGUGUAUAUUAAAAGUCAUAUAGCAAGUUGUAACAUUCUGUACAAAUAAAUGGAUUUAUGAAGGAAUUUGACAAUUGAAGUAGCAAAAAGGAUCAAACAAAUAUAACUUUCAGAAUGGUAUAAAGUAAUUUCUUUAAGUUGACCUGUGACUUCCUGAGGAGAAUUUGUUGAUUUACUUUGAGAAAUUCAUAAACAAAAUACAAUUUUGGAAAAAUUUAUAAGAAUUGCUUGAGUUAAUAUCAGCAAAAAGUGCAAUCAACAGCUGCUUGAGAUCAACAUUUAUUACAU